CACGUGGGUCGUUGUAAUUUUUGUCCUCGUGUGUGUGGAAUUUACUAUGAUUUCUACGUUUGCUGCUGGGUUUCAUCGUUUUAUAUUAUUUUAAACUGUAUGGCGUGAAAUUAUCGCACGGAUCCUUUCCAGGUUUUUAUGAGAAGUUACUUCGAAGGCCAUUUUUAACCUCGAUUGACACGGAGCUUUGUGUUGAAAUUUACCGUUUGUCACGCUCGAAUUUUCAUUGUCUCAUUUGGUGUUUUAUUACGUUUUUCCAGCGCCUUUUCGCGAAUAAUCAAUGGGGGAUUUAAAUGGUCAGGAGUUCAUGGGUUCAUCCGGCCAGAAUUCUUUACCUUUAAGGGGAAGGCUUCAGGUUUCAAAAGUUGGUCCCAGUUUCAAUUGGCAGGCAUUUCAAACUCAUUUGGAUUCCUAUGGCCAGAUCUUGAAAACAUCAUCUCAGACGGAUGACGAUGACCAAUCCUUGUUGACAUGUUUUGUUGAAUUUGCUGACCCAAGUUGCGCAAAAAGAGCUGCUGAUGAUUUGAACGGUAUCGAUUUUGAUGGAAGCAGAUUAGAGUUAGCUUACUUCGAGGAAGAGAGUAAGCCCGCUUACGAUGACAUGGCGAAGCAGCGACUUCGUGCCGGUGGGAGGAACAGACCGCGGUAUAAUCGUCAAAACAGUCAUGCCAACAUGCCUUUGAGAAUUUUGAUUCCUGCUGACAUGGUCGGAGCUGUGAUUGGAAAAGGCGGAGAAGCCGUCCGUAAAAUGUCAAGCAACACGAAUGCUAGAAUUGAUGUACAUAGAACUGUUAAUAUAAACGGCUUCAAGCCUGUUACUAUAACCGGUCAGUCCGAAAGACCUGGGGAAAAUUGCAGUGCUGCAUUUAGAGAAAUUCACCAGAAGAUCAUCGAAGAAACGAAGAAAAAAUUGGAUGGUAACGAAGAACAGAUUAGUGUACCCAUGCGAAUGCUUGCGCCGGAUUUGCUCAUGGGACGUGUGAUUGGCAAAGGUGGCAAAAAUUUAAAAGAAAUUAAAGUAAAGACCAGUACCAAAAUAGAUGCAACCAGAGAUCCCGUGACGCCCGUAUUCAACGAAAGAAUUAUAACGAUCGAGGAUCCCAGUUUAGAGAAUCCCGUAGAAAAAUGUAGCAACGCGGAAGAAGAGAUCAGUAGAAUUCUUCGAAAGAGUUAUCAAGACGACUUGAACAACAUGGCCAACAUGAAUGGUCGCAUGGGACAGAGUGUAAUGGGACCUUUUUCUAAUCCUUAUCUAAUGGCAAUGAUCGCUCAACUGACCGGAGGACGUGGUUUCAAUGGAAUGCCUCCAGCUUAUAUGGCCAAUGGUAUGAAUCCUGGUAAUUUUAUGGGUGGUCUUCCUUCAAAUACUCACCACACAUCAAGUCAAAAGAUUGAAAAAAUACACAUAGCCGUUCCAAAGAAUUCUGUCGGUGCUAUUAUUGGUCGCGAAGGCUCCGUCGUGAACGGUAUAAGACAGUCGUCUGGUGCUUCAGUUCAAGUCUUGAAUAGUGACGAAGAUGCCAUGGAAACCCUUGUAGAGCUCCGCGGCUAUCCAUAUCAGUUAUCCAUGGCCGAAGGAGCUAUUUUUCAAAAGAUACAGGAACAAGGAUUUGCUGGUCAUCCCAAUCAAACUGUCCAACUUCGUACUGAAAUCAAAAUUCCACCCGAGGCUGUAGGUCGAAUAAUCGGUAAACGAGGAUCUAAGGUAAGAUCAUUGCAAGGACGACACAGGGCUCUCGUUGAAGUCCCGCGUACUAUUGAUCCCGAGGAAACUGAGGUCAUCGUCCGCGUGGUCUCGGAUUAUCUUGGUAGUCAGGGAGUACAGACAGAAAUUCGCGAAAUCGUUGCCCAAGUCGAAGCCCAGCAGAGGAAAUAACUUGGCUCACCUCGACGUCUUCAUUUCUGAUCAUUUUUUCUUUAUCUUGCUUUUGCUACCCCCAUCUUAUUUCGUGAAUAUAACCGGUUGUAUUUUCUUACCUUUUACUCUUUUUGUUGUUGUAAUUUUAACAAAUCAACUUUGGUAAAAUUGUUUAUUUCUACAGCUUUAUCGACGUGUUUACCUUAUAUAUCCCAUAUUAAUCUGUAAUCUCUUACACAGAAAACUGAAUUCUUUGUAACAUUGUGCAUGUAAUAUAAUGUACAAAAGAU